CAUAAUUAUCGUUAUCAAGCUCGUGAUCACUUGCACGUACUCAAUAUUGAAGAGAAAAUGAUGACAGGCCCAACGCUUGAAAAAGCCAUCACAGGAUUGUAUUGUUCAGUAGAACUAACCAACGUCCAUGACGAGUUAAUCGUCCUUUCCACGCUAAACAUUUUUCUGUCCAUUACUGCAUUUUUGGGGAACACUCUAAUCUUCACGGCUCUACGCAGGAAAAAUUCACUUUACCCGCCGUCCAAACUUCUGUAUCGAACCCUAGCGAUAACUGAUCUCUGUGUUGGAGUCGUUGUUCAGCCUCUUUGCGUUGCCUAUUUGAUGUCUGUGAAGAACGAAAGGUGGGAUAUUUGCUACAAUUUUUAUAUGGCACUCUUUGUUGCUAGCUAUAUUUUGUGUGCAGUUUCUCUGUUUAUAUUGACUGCAAUAAGCGUGGACAGACUUCUCGCCUUGUUGCUGGGACUCAGAUACAGAAAAGUUGUAACUUUGAAAAAUGUUUAUACAACUGUAAUCGUUAUGUGGGCUUUGUCCGUUGUCGCCACAACAAGCUACUUCUGGAAUCCCGUUAUAUUUUCGCCACUUCUCUACACACAUUUGUCAGUAUGUAUAUCCACGUCAACUUUCUCUCACAUGAAAAUCUUCUUCACUCUCCAUCAAUAUCAAGCUGAAGCUAAGAAAAACGUUUUUCAAGGAGAACCGAGGCAAGCAAUUUCAUUGCCAUUGAACAUAGCUCGUUACAGAAAGGCAGUGUACAGUGCACUGUGGGUGCAGGUCACAUUAUUUGUUUGCUAUUUGCCUUUUUGCAUAACGCAGGUCUUCAUAACACAUCUGAAAAGCGCUAAGUUUUCUUCCUCGGUUUAUCUUGCUAAGACGUUUUCAUUUACUUUGGUUUUUCUAAACUCGUCAUUAAACCCAUUGCUUUAUUGCUGGAAAAUCAAAGAAGUAAGACAGGCUGUUAAAGACACAGUCAGGGAAAUCUACCGUUCAUUGACCAGCUAGUUGACUAACAAUUAAAUAUGUUGAAGGAAAAAUACAGCCGGUUUCCCAUGCGUAUCUUACAAUUUUUAAAAAAGGAGGCUUGUUUUCGUUUCUCUUUGUCUAGCAUUGUGCAAUUAUGCAGGCAGUCUUUGAGUUAGGUAUAACGCAUAACACGCACAUCAACAAUUCUGCAAUCGGCUUAAAGUUUGAUCCUAUAAUUUGAACAGUAUUGACUUUUACUGAGAGCCACCCAAAAAGUUCUUAAAGAAAGGAUAGUCCAUGGCAUAAAAAGAACUAUGGAUACGUUCAUUGCUCUUAAUUGAUUCCCGUUUUAAUUUUUUGCAUUAAUUUGCCGGAUGAUGAAAGAUAUUUAUUCCGUCAUAAAUUUAAGAUUAAGGUACGGACCAUGAAAAAAAAAAGUUGGGGAUUUUCGAGCGGCAGGAAUUUUUUUGGGGGAUGGGGGUGGUCAAUUGGCGUGCAUGAAUUUUUUUUCAUUUAAUUUUCCCUUGCGCGAAUAUUUUUUUUGUACUUCGCCCGCCCAAUAAGUUUGCUAAUGGUUCGUCCCUAAUGCAUCUUUUUGUACGGGCAUGUGGUAAUUUAUUUAGAAUAUAUUUAGCAAUCCGGUUAAGGUGAAAAGUUACACUGGGUAAAAUAAACCAAGUAUACAUUGUAGAGUUUUCUUAUUUCAUGGAGAAAGGCCCUUGUCAACCCUCAGCCAAAUGACCUAUCUCUUUUUGAUAACCGAUCUGAUAAUUCUUCCAGCUGUUAUUAUAAAUUGCGUUGUAAUUACUGGUAACAAGGGGAAAAACCCCAUGAGAAUUCACAUGACUCUAAAGAGCUAAUCCGUAACCUCGCCUUCAAGAGUUCAUAAAUAUUCAGAAAGCGUAUUGUUUAAUUUGCCUAUCCUAGGUUUGAAGUUUAUAAAACUUUUCCGUGCGUUUUUAUGAGUAAUUUUAUGGUUUUCAUCCGUCAAGAACUGUGGGUAAAUGUACUUUUUAGGUACGGUGGAUUUAGAAACAAUGCUUUUGCAAAACGUUUGGGGCGGUAAACAAGGUGUAUUAUGGGAGUGUGAAAGUAGCGAAUAGAGAAAACGGUCAUAUUUCAAUUCAAUGGAAAAAUUUUAAAGAAUUAAAAAAAAUCGACCGUAGCCACACGUACUGAUAUUCAGCCUAAAACGAACGAAGUCCGUUUGCAAAAACAUUUAAAAACAGUGGAACAUAAAAUUUUAACUGAAUCGCUAACAAUAUUCUCCUCAAGAGACGAUCGGGACUGCUGCAAAGCUUUUGAGCUUAAAAAGAGUGAACCCAUUUUACAUUCGUGUUUCGGAUCUCGAUUCCCUGACGACGUUUCAACUCGAUACACGAUUCUCGCAAGGUCUUUUUAUCGUCAGGUAUCAUCGAGUAUCGUACCAGUCAUCGAGGAUCAGGGCGAGCACUAUCGAGACACACAAGACCGAUAUAAUAACAACUUGCUGUUUUAGACCGAUUAGGUAACGAACAGAUCAUAGCAUUAAGGAAAGCUACUGUGAUGACUGUGAUAAUAAUUAUAGUCAUAUACUAUGUGCAUAGUCUCUAUACGUCCAAGUUUACUAUGCAAUAAUGAUUGUGUUGGUCUUAUUGAAGCAUAAUAAUAAUAAUAAUAAUAAUAAUGAUAAUGAUAAUACCAAUCAGAUAAUAUAUAAUAAUAAUAAUAAUAAUAAUAAUUAAUAAUGAUAUGAUAAUAUAGUUAAAAAUAACAUAUAUUAGGUUAAUCUUAAUAUUAAAAUUUUGUUAACCCCCAAGACAUUCAAUUAGCGGUUAAGUAUAAAUCAUCAUUAUGUGUGAAUCCCAUGUCGAGGAAAUUAAAAGCAUUACAAGGGUACAGGUUGUUUUAACGGGUUGACAUUGGCAUAUCUCGCGCCCUUUUCAUUGACGACCUUAGGAGGAUUAGAGGGGGGUAGCAAGGAAUUACACUUGUGCUAACACACAUCUGACUGGCAGCCAAGAAAACUAAAACCAUUUCAUUGGCUAAAGGGAAACGUGUGGAGGAAGAAGUAGGUCUGCGACUGUCAGAAGAUGAUAAUUAUGUUUAAAGACUUUUAAGUGUGGAAGCUUGGAGCUGAGCCGCAGCAAGAACCAAAGUCGUCCUUAACGACUUAAUAACGCUGAUAAAGAAUCCAACGUGUGAUAGUAAUCUUUUAGACAAUUAGCCAAAUGUUUUUACAGCUUAUUCUUCGACUGUUACCAUAUUAUAUACUCUUACCAGACAUUAGACGCCUCACCAAGGAGUCGGUGCUGUUGCAUUCAGUUGAAUUAAAUGAUGUUGACAAAGACGAUCUAAAACAACAGCAGAAUAUUUACCAAUUAUUCCUCGAGCCUGAAUGGGCUUUGAGUCAAUAGCCCAUGAGGCCGAAGGCCGGAUGGGCUAUUGACUCAGUGGCUAUUCGGGCUCGAGGAAUCAUUGUUUUAGUAAAAUCCAACUAGUUGGUCAGAAAUAACGAGACAAAACAACUUUCGCUAGCAAAACGCGAUUCAGCAGCCAUUGUUUCGGUUUUAAAAGCCGGCGCUUUUCUUUACUAGGGGGCUAUUGUUGGAUUUCACAUGACGUCACUAAAAUUCAAACUACAAAAACUAUCGAUCCUACUGAGAUUUUACUUUCAUGGUGUAUCAGAGCAGCUGAAAACUAAUUUUCAAACAAAUUUUCCCUUUAAAGUACGCUUGAAUUUCUAAGCUUUUGCGUGACGCAGCAUUUUCAUGACGGCCGAGAGAGCUGUCAUUUAGGUUAAAAUAGUGACUUUUUUCGAAGAAUUUUGCUAUCUAAUCAGUUCAAGUGUUAGAAAAAGUACUACUUUCAUGUUUAUGAGUUCCUCUAGGAGUAAAUUCACGCUUUAGUAGCAAAACUCGGUAACAGAUGUUUCCGUUGGUUUCCGUCCGCCAUGUUGGAGCUAAUCCUGAUGAGCUCCAGCAUGGCGUCUCCAUACAAAGCUCUAUAAAUUUGGGUAAAACAUUUCCUCGGAUGUCUCGUACACGAAUGACUCCUUCGACCCAAAUCUUGGCGAGGGUCUUUGUAUAUUUACCUCCUUUCAUUUCCCAGAUUCUGGACUUUAUCUGUCGAACGGUUUUGAUUUUUAUUUUGAUCUUUUUUGGAUGGCGUGACACUGAAAACCAGCAAGAACAUAUAGCCUAGUAGAAGCUCGACCAAUCAGAACGCAGCAAUGAUAAUAGACCGCUAGUUGGAUUUUACUAAAAUGGUAUUUUUACCCAAAUGACUCCGCUAGUUUUGCUUUACAUGUACUGUGAAAGUUGAUUUCAAAGAAAGACAACGACUCAGCUAAAAAUAGACUGGAAGAGACCCAUGUAUAAGGACGGCUGAUCUGUUCUCUAUAAGUAUUUAUUUUCUUUUGCUUGCUAUCGUCACGCAUGCGUUGUUAGAGUUUCCGACUCGAUACCUCUGACCAGCAAAACAGCCGAGCACAUCCGUUUUUAGAUCGGUGCUGACGAUCGCUGACGAAAGGGUAAACUGCCAGGCUCUCUUCCUGGGACAUUUAGAACUCAGCUUGAUAAGAACUUGUCAAGAAUUUUUUUUCAGUUGUUUGAAGUUUCAUAAAUUGCCAUGGUUAAAUAUUAUCAUGAAAGAUAAGAUAAAAACAAACAGGGAUGCACAGAACAGUUGCGUGGGUUGUACGGAAAAUGUCAUCAAACGUUGUCAGGUCGUAUCGGCAGCUGAGAUUUAAACACAUAAUAGCCUUGGUGUCUUAUGAUCUAGCAGGAAUAAACAAAAGAUCGGGCUAAUUAAGUCGAAAUUCUGCCGUGAAGCAACUGUGGACAAGGACCGGGUAAUUACAUCUACAAACACUACGAGGUAAUUUGUAUUAUCGUUUUUAAACCGACACCUACCUUACAUAACUGAGAAAAUUCAUUCCAGUCCACCAAACCAAAAGAAAGCGUCCCAACAUUUAUUUCGUCGUUUUGUAGAACUAAUAAGAAUGAAGGCGUCAGGAGAUUUCUAAUUGACUUGUGUAAUAUUUGCUUGCUGUUACGAUGAUACACCGGCAGGGGACUGUAAUCACUAGAGCGAAACAAAUAACCUGUUUGACAUGAUGGAGAGACUUGGCCACUUGACGGGUUUACCACUUGAUAGCGAAUGAUAUGCAAGGUCAAACAAAAACAACUUCAUCCAUAAAUACUAGAUUUCAAAAAUUGAACAAUUACUAAUAUUAACUACUGGAAAAUAAUAUGUUACAGCCUUAACUCAGUUUACCUGAUCUCUUAGAAAUUUCGGGGAUUUCCAGCUUUGAUUUGCAAGAAAAGUUCUUUUGGUUAAUAUAAUAAAUAAAUCCUUUAUUGUUCAUUUUCAGCAAAACAAGCCUUUUAACUUUUGGAGUCCCUUUAUCUUUACCGCUUUCCUAAAUACAUUCAUCGUUGUCUCCAUCCACUUUCCAGAGGGUGCGAAUGGGGUUAACAGUUAACUGAUAUUUGGCCGAAAAAACAGUAGUUAACUGAUAACCUUGGAUAUCUUUAUGAGGCUUUUGAAAUACGCGAAAAAAAGUACGUCUGCGAAAGAGGUAGCAUUCAGGGACGCGAAAGAGGAUGUCGACAAAAUCUGUUUCGAGGUACAAAAGACUUCUGACAAGGCAGGUUGAAAGCCUACUCUGGUUUCUCACUUCAACACAAAACAUUUAGUGCUUUGAACUAUAUACGCCCAAGACUUUGGAACCACAGUAAAGCAAUCGCUUAAAAGAACUACGAGUUCGAAGUAGGCUACACUUGCGAAAAGUCGAAUUAUCCCUUGUCAUGUCAUGCUUUUGUCAGCACUCUCAACUAUGUCUCUCUCAUCGGUGCAAACAGUGAUUAAAUUCACCGAUCGAAUUCCAAAAAUAAUGGUCCGGUUUGGUUAUGAAGACUAUAUUUUGGCAUUGAUAAUGUUUCUCGUCGUCUGUUGCAAUGGAUUGCAAGGAUUAGAAAUGGGUUGAAACAUAGGCCAACAACAAGAUACAAGACAUGCAGGAACCAGAUAAGUACUGCGAUUUCGAUCAGAUAAUGAAAGUGCUGAAGAAGGUGAAUUUUGAAGUCGUUUAUGGCAGGACAUGCAUGACCAUGUUAGGAAGAUCAAUACGAGAUCAUGACUGGUGAAUCUGGAUCUAUUUUGGUUAUUAACGACUUAUUUUCAGUUACUAAUAAAUUGUACUAGUGGCAGAGUUCAAUCUCCCAAAAGUGAUUGACUUGAAAGAAGGAAAAUUGGGGCUAUGACGAAUAAUAUUCGUUGUAGGAAAGUGAAAGUUGACAGCUAACGAAAAUUAGUAGUUAACUGAGAAUUGGCCAAAAAAAUAGUAGUUAACUGAUAUUUGGCCGAAAAAAUAGUAGUUAACUGAGAAUUGGGUACCCCCAUUAGCACUUCCACAAUCAAUUUCGAUUCUCGUACAUUUUCCUCAAUCAAAUUCAAAAACAGGAUCACAUUCUCAAGGAAAGCCGAGGCACCCAAUUCGGAAUCGGCUGCAUAUCGCUGGAAAGAAAGGAAAAGGUGAGGCCAGGGGUCCCGCUAGCCUGCGUUGCAGCCGGCCCACGCACUCGUCUAAACUAUCUGUGGAAGGUUGUAGAAGACUUAGAGCGUCUGCAAGGGUCUGCAAGGCAAGGGUCUCCCCUGACCACCGUUGAAUUUCCGCCUAUGGACUGCAAUGAAAGUCAUGGGAUACUUCAAAACAGUUAACGGUGGCAUUGGUGAUCUUUGAAGAAAACUUUUCUAGCAGUUGAAAAUACCUAGAGAAAAUCUGGGCAAUUACAGAUGAUCAUAGCUAGUAGAGUCAUAAUACUGCUUCUUAUUAGAGGUUUUAAUUUGACAAGGGGUUAGUUUACCAACAGAAAGUUAACUGACAUUAACUAUGGAGAGUUUGGCCAGCAUCUAUUCAAAUUUAUUGGAGCAAAUCAAAAGAAAGCGUUUAAAUAAGAAAAGAAUUUAACUCCCACACGUUUUUUUUUUUGAAAUUGUGGAACACCAACAUGGCAGCCAUUAUGCUGGUGACCAAGGGAGGUACUUGGGUCAAAUGGGUAUGACUGCCACUGGCCUCUCACAACCCUAACCCUAUUUAAAAAGUCGAUUCUGUGGUGAAUUAGCCCAUCUUAGCCACUUUUGGGUAAACGUAAUUUCCGCAAUCCCAAUAACUUUCUGUCACCUCAGUCUUUAACCGCGAAUGUUCCCAUUUUUUAAAUCCCUACUUACCAAGUUUUUCGGAUUACGCCGAAAAUCCUGAAAAUGUGCGACUCCAUUCUAGCAACUUCAGUAAAAAUGAAACUAUUUUAGUCAAUCUGGUCGUGAAAAAAAUGCUACCCCAUCCAGCGGCACUUCCCCAUUAGCUUAUUACUGGGAAGUAUCCCCCAUCCGCUCCCCCGGGAAUGGUACCAAAUCGAAAGUAGUAUAAGCCACACGCUUUGUUGCUCAGCACCAAUAGCUACCGAUCACAAGCGCAGAAUCUGAGCCGUCAUUUUCACUGAUGAAAUGAACCAAGACCUGCUCUAGGUCAACAACGCCUGAAGAGCGAUUCUCUGAUCUCCCAGUAAAUCGCCAUGUACUACUCUGAGUGAUUCGAGGAAGACGAGAUCUUUCAUGUCAGUCUGUUUGAUUGAGUAGGCGGGUAAAAAAAGAGACAAAAAUCUAUCGUUGUUGCACUGUACUCUUAGUCCUUAAUAACACUGUCUCAAAUUUGACAAAUUUAUACCUCUGAAAUCAAAAUAUCGAAAAUCUACGCCCAACUUCCCCCUCCCCCAUUCCUUUGGCCCUGGGAUGUUUGCCUCGAACUCUCAUACUUGCAACCCCCUCUUUGAAAAAAUCCUGGAUCCGCCCCUGCAGACCCUAUGCUCCGGGAUCGAAUCCGCUCAUAUUCGAGUGAAUUAUUUUUUUCCCUUAAAAUUGAAGAGAGUUACACUUUGACAACAUUUGUUGAUCAGACACUAAGUCUCUAAGUUUAUCGAGUCUAAAUCGACGUAUGAUAGUUUGGUCUAGCUGGGAAUCUUCGAUUUGUCAAAAUUAUUGAAAAAAAUAUUGGACUUCCCGUCAUUUAGUGUUUUGAAAAUGUUAACCGGUUACCGGCCAUAUAGCCGUAGCCUUUAUUAUUUUCCAAGCAAAUUUCCUUCUGUUCUAAGAGGGAAUCACACAAGGAGCAUUAGGGCUUCGAGCCCCAAAUUUAUGUAACAUAUUUAUCAAAAAUUGAACGUAACUGCCCUCCAAAAUUGUUUAAAUUGGCAUUUGAUUCGUGACAUGUUUGGCCAAGUCAAUGUUGUAUUUUAAUUGUUGCUUCUCAAACCUGUCCUGUAGCGCAGAUCACAGUCGAACAAAUUUCCUUAAACUUGGCAGAUGAAAUAAACAGUCUUAAACUCAAGAAUUUUAAGUUUCGUGGAAAUCGCUCGAUUUUUGUGCAAACAGAAAGACUGAACGCCAUAGUUAAAAAAUUCUCUCUUAUCGCCCAAUCAAAACUUCAAAAUAAAUUUCAGUCAUUCAGUUGAAAGCGAGAAUGGUUUAACUUAUACAUAUCAAAAAUCGAGAAUUAUCUGGCCACUUCUGACGCGACGCGAGCACGUGAGAAAAAUACUAAAACUGGCUCAUAAUUAAGUUAGUCACCUUAAACGCGAUACUUAAAAGGAACAAGAUAAUUUCUAAGUUUAGGUCAUCACUGGCAAAGAUUUUGGAUAGCCCUCUUAGCUUCAUAUGACCUUCUACUAAAAAUUAGUUGAAUGUUUAUUUGAUUCAUUACCCCAAACUGAACGUUAUCAACGAUAAAAUACAAUCUUUGUAUCGAUACACAACUUUCUUCAACUCGUUUCGUUAGUUUUUUUCCCUUUUUUACUCACCGUCAAAUUCAAUUUUAUUAUAUUGAAAGAAGAAAGCUGUAAUCAUUAAUCAUUAUAGGAGGUAAUUAGCAUUCCGAAUAGGGGCAAUUUGUUGGUAGCCAAUAUCCUGUGCUCUCCAAGUUCAAUAUUUUUAUCGAAGUAAGGAACCUGACUUAUAAAUCGCCGGAGUGAGUGUACCAAAGGGGUUAGGAAUGACCCAUGUCAAGCGUGAAAUAUCGCCAAAGGAACUUGGUAAAUUAAAUGAACGCCUUGACAUGCUAAUAUUUGACUAACCAUGAAGAUAAGAGAAGCGACAAUAUAAACAUAAAUCUUAUAAUCACUUACACGAACCUCUCAACAUCAGUGAAGAAAGAUGGCAGUGCCAACCCUUGAGAAUUCGAUCAGAGAAUUGUACUGUUCAGCAAAUGUCACUGCCAGAGUUAACGACGAGCUAAUCGUCCUUUUAGUGCUUAAUACUUUUCUGUCCAUUACAGGUUUUCUAGGGAACACUCUGAUCCUAGCUGCUCUACAUAAAGAAUCUUCACUACAUCCGCCCUCCAAACUCCUGCUACGCAGCCUAGCGAUAACUGAUCUCUUGGUGGGAAUCAUUGUCGAGCCUCUGAAUGUUGCUUACUUGAUGUCGGUGAAGAGCCAAAGAUGGGAUAUUUGCUAUAAUGUUAACGUUGCGCUUUUAAUCGCCAGUUAUAUUUUGUGUGCGGUGUCUUUGUUAGUACUGACUGCAAUAAGCGUGGACAGACUUCUCGCCUUGUGGUUGGGCCUCAGAUACAGACAAAUUGUAACUUUGAGAGGUGCCUAUAUAGCUGUAAUCGUUAUGUGGGUUUUGCCCAUUGUCGCCACAACAAGCUACAUUUGGAAUCCUCAGUUGCUUUUAUUGCUUCUUUACAUACAUUUGUCUUUUUGUUUAUCCAUCAUAAUUUUCUCUUACAUGAAAAUCUUCUUCAUGCUCCGUCAUUACCAAAUUCAAGUCACUGUGGCUCAAGAACAACCGAGGCAAGCAAUUCCACUGAACAUAGCUCGAUACAGAAAGGCAGUGUACAGUGCACUGUGGGUGCAGUUUACAUUAUUUAUUUGUUAUCUUCCAUUUGGCAUAACACAGGCUUUAACUGAUCUGAAAAGCGUCAGGUUUUCUUCAUCAGUUUAUCUUGCUAAGACUUUUUCAUUUACUUUUGUUUUUCUAAACUCAGCAUUAAACCCAUUGCUUUAUUGCUGGAAAAUCAAAGAAGUAAGACAGGCUGUUAGAGACGCAAUAAGGCAAAUCUGUUCUUUGACAUAGUUGAUUACUGAGCAUCUGAAUUAUGUAUAUGUUGCAAUUAAUUUUUUUUUCCUUUGGUAUGGUAUGGCCUGACCGGUGGCUAUUGUAGUUUGAGGUUUGAUUUUGUCAGGGCAACCGACAAUUAUAGUUCUUUAUACGAAGAAAAAUGAACUCGGAGACGUUAAUAAUUGCUGUAUUAAUUUAUCGCUUGCGCGGCUAGUUUGCGUGGCGAGCAAAGAUGUGUGAAAACAAAAAUCGUUUUAAUUCUUAGAGUUAAACGCACCUGUAUCUAAGGGCAUAACAUAUCCUAUUUAUUUACAAAUAUUUCAAUAUAAAAACUCACAAAUAUUCACAAAGCAUAUUUUUCAAUUGUGGCACACAGCUGAAUACAUGGAGGAAUACAAUCACGUGCAACUGAAAACCUACAUACAAAUUGCCCCAAUACAUUCUAAAUCAGAAAGAUUUGUUUUAGCCCUAAAAAUAGGGCCGUUUCGGUGAGUAAAAUACAGUUUUUGGGUCUAAUUUGGCUCCCUUAAAUCAGGGCCAAUACAGUCCAAUUAGCUAGGGCUGAUUUGGUCCCAGGGCUGAAAUGGGCCCUACUGUGGGCUGGAAUAGCCUUUUGAUAGAGCUUUUUUGGCCUAAAUUGUGCUCAAAGGGCUCCAGGAGGGGCUGAAUCAGACUUUGGCCUGCAGGGCUGAAUUGACACUUUGGGGCUGAAACAGAUAUUUUCAAUUUUCAGUGUAUAAUAGUUUAUACUUCAGGGAAAUUUGAGGUUGAAUGUCUCACAGGACGAAAAAAUGAGUUGCUGCUAAGACAUGUUUUAUCAGUAAUAAACUUCCCUUGUGUAAUAAAUAUUAAAUGUGCUUUGAGAGAAAGAAAAAAGGUAAACUCUUUACAGUCAAAAAUCUGUGAACAAGAAACUUAUUCAUAUUCACAAAGCAUAUUUUUUAAUUGUAUACACACAGCUGAAUACAUAGAGAAAUAAAAUCACGAGCAAAAACCUGCAUACAAAUUACCCGAAUAUAAUAGUUCACUGACUUCGGGGAAAUUCGAGGUCGAAUUUCUCACAGAACGAAAAAAUGGCUUUGCGCAAAUUUUCUCUUGGCCUCGUUAUCUGAACCCUCUGUUUUUUAAUAUGCGAAGUGACAUUUACCAUCAUUACCCCAUAUUUACUCCUCGUUUUCAAAUAUUUGCGAUAUAUUUGCAAGUAUCAAAUUUAUGCAAAUCCAUUUUUUUUCGUCCAGUGACUGAAAUAAUGGAACGUUUAACUGGGAUGAACGAUUCAUAUCUGAAAAGUAAUAACUAACAUGGAAUUUUAUACAUAACAGUCAUCCUAAUUUAUUUCAAUAAAAAAAAUAUCUAUUUACUAUUUCGAGAAAGCUUGUCGGAAAAAAUGUGAGCGCGACAAUCGCAAAGGUGAUAUGGGAUAUACACUGUUCCAGACAUCGUAGCCGUCGAACCUACUUUUGUUGCUUUCCUUUAGCAUUCACAUACGUCCAUGGCCUCUCAUGCCAUUCAAUCUUUCAAAUUUCUUUGAAGAACAGUGAACUCAAAACCACCCUCAAUACCUUUCGGGAUUGUCGUGAGCACUUUUCCCGACAACGUUUCUCGAAAUAGCUAUGUGGUGUAUCAGAGCGACUAAACAGCUUCUUGCUGUUCCACCUCUCACUUCCAAACGACAUCUUUCCUCAGCAAACUAUGUAGUGGUUCCAGAAUGGACGACAGGUUAGGUAUGAACUUACCAUAGAAGUUAAGCAUACCAAGGAACGACUUCAGCUCAGUGGGGUUUUGUUCUGUUUAUAGGCAUGGUUUAAAUCUAGCUUAGUAAAUGUUUGACCUCCAACUAAUUUCGUAUACAGAUCAUCAAGCUUGUGGAUAGGAUAGCCAUCCAGUUUUGACACUUUAUUAACCGUGAGCUUAUAGUUUCCACAGACUCUUCCAGUGCCAUCACUCUUUAUGACAGGGACAAUCGGGGUGGCCCACUCGGAAUACUGGACUGCUUCAAUGGUCCCUGCCCUUUCAAGUCUUUCUAGGUCUUGUUCAAUUUUCGCCCUCAGAGCAUACGGUACUGGUCUGGCUUUAUGAAAGAUAGGGGUAGCCGUGGGGUGAACAUGGAUUUUGGCCUUUGUCCCUUGUAGAGUUCCAAGCCCCUCCUCGAACAGCUAAGCAUGUUUUUGCAAAAUCUCUUUCAGUCGCUUAUUGUGUGAAGAAAGUUGUUUGAUUAUGGUCCAAUUCAGCUUGAUUUUCUCGAGCCAGUUCCUACCUAGCAAAGCAGGCCCCUUGCCGCCUACAACCAAAAGCGGCAGGGAGUAUUCAACCCCAUCAUAACACACAUUUACAGAACAAGACCCUUUAGAUUUGACCUCUUCCCCGGUAUAUGUGUGAAGGACAAUUCCUGACUCUACAAGUUGGGGUGCUUGACGUGCUGAAAAAAUGUAGUUGUCUAGUUCUUCGCCAAUCACAGACAAGGAGGCCCUCGUGUCAACUUCCAUCUCCAGGGGUUGCCCAGCAACACUUAGCUGUACUUUGUAGGGUGAUGGGUGUGGACUGCCAAAGUUAAACAAGGAAUAUGCACCCACAACCUGUUCCUCCCCUGGUGUUUGCACGGCAUCUUCAAGAAGAUUGGUAGGCUUGGAGUUGUCUGAUUUCUGCUCAUUAACUGGCUGUGGUUGUUUCCCUUUCUUUUUAGCUGGGCACAAUCGAGCUAAAUGGCCAACUUUACUGCAAAAAUAGCAUUUGGCAUCUUUAAAAUGACAGCUUUUGGGGUAGUGGUUGCCGCUGCAACGACAGCACUUAAUUUCGCUUCCCUUAUUAACUUUGACGUCUACUUUGUUGACAGAGGCAUCCCGUCCCUGACCGUCUGCCUUCUGUAUCUCUGAAGCAUCCUUAUCUGCUGCUUCAAUGGCGAGAGCUAAUUAAGCGCCCGCCUCAAUGUUAAUUUGGGUUCAGCUAAUAAUCGGCGCUGUAUUCUGAUAUCACGAACACCACACACCAGUUGAUCACGAAGCAUCUCAUCUAACGUAAUUCCGAAUUCACAGUGUUCAGACAGGUGUCUUUAUUCAGCUAAAAACAUUGCAAUGGUCUCACCUGGUUGUUGGGAGGGUGUGUUAAACUUGAAUCGCUGAACAAUAGCCGACGGUUUAGGCAUGAAAUGGUCUUGGAGGAGUUUUGCUAAAUCCUCAUAGCUUUUAUCCUUUGGAUCUUCUCGGGCAGCCAAACUUCGCACCAGUUUAUAGGUUUUCGCUCCAACACAAGUCAGAAAAAUGGAUCUUCUCUUGUCAGGAUCUGUGAUUUCAUUCGCUUCGAAGAAAUGGUUUACACGCUCGAUGUAAAAUGGCGCCAAUCUUCAGUUUCGUUGUACCCGUCCAACUUCCCAAACGUGAGCAUGAUUCACGUAGACUUCCCUUCCCUUGUCUACCUUGCAGUGGGCGUCCGUAUACGUUCCUCGUCACCAACAAUGUGGUAUAUUGAGCGACUAAACAGCUUAAAUACUCUCACGGAACUCAACGAGUCAACAAGCACAUGGUUCGGACUAACAGAACAACAUGACAGGGGUCACGUGACCCCUAACAAGUUCCCAGGACCGCACAAGCUGGAUAUUAAAAAUCGUCUUAUUGAAAUACUAAGUUUUUACCGUUUUAAUGAAGUCCAGUACAGUGGUAGUGCACAAUAAUCAUGAUAAUAAUUAUUGCCCCCUCCCGAGCAGGCACUCUUACUAUUAACUCGCGCGUAUAUUAAGGAAAAUACUUACAGUUGAAAUAUACAGUCGGUAUGCCAGAAAAAAAUCUCGCUUUGCUUGAACAGGGCCGCGAGGAAUCGUUAGGUAAUGAUUGACGUUUCUAUUGUUUGCGCCCGCAAGUACGAAAUGGUUAGGAUGACGUAAAGACAGAAAAUCCCGAAGGGACCGCUUAGGUAGAUUCUUUGACAUUAAUUGUGCAGUCAUACUUCGGUACUCUUUUGCGUUACGUGUUAUCAGUGACAUUCUGUGGAGCAGUUGCUUUGAAAGUUAUGGACCAAAAGACACUCGUUAAGCGCAGAUGAAGUUAUAAAGUGCGUAUAACUGUGUAUAUUCUUGGCUUGCAUUUGACGUCACCAAAAAUAAACCUAAGAAAUUAUCGAUUCUUCUGAGUUUCUACUUUCACGAGGCGUUAAAGCACCUAAACACCUUUAUGUUAACAAAUUUUUGGUUCGAAAGGGUGCUUCGUUUUGCGAUACCGGACGCUUGAAUUUCCAGGCUUUUGCGUGACGCGGCAUUCAGCUGACGGCUAGGAGAGCUCUUAUGUGGGCUAAAAACAUCAUGGCCUAGUUUGGGAGAUUUUGCUGUCUAAACAUUCCUUGUCUCAGAAUAAAUAUUAUUUUUAAUAUUUAUGAGUUCCUCAAGCGAAGAAUUUACGCAUUAGUAGGAAAACUCGAAAACAGAUGUUUUUUUCGGUAUCCGGAGGCCAUAUUGGUGUCCCUGAAAGGGACACCAACUUGGCGUUUCCAUACAAAGCUUUAUAAGUUUACGUAAACCUUUUUACCGAAUAUCUCGCAUUUGAAAUAUUGCACAGACGGAUUCUUAGCAAGGCUUUUUGUAUAUUUAUCUUCUUUCAUUUCCCAGAUUCUAGACUUUCUAUAUUGAAUGGUUUGCAUUUUUAUUUUUCAUUGCGUGACAGUGCAAUCCGAGAAUAUCAGUCCGGAAUAAGGACAGGGCCAACUGGUCACGCGACACUGUUCAACCAGGUAGGAAGGCGCCCUUGUGUUUAUCAAAACACCGAUCCAGUGAUCAAAACUUUUCACAACAGCAGACGGAGGCGGACAUAUUUUAAGAUAAGCUUAAAGUACUCGUCUAGGUUUCACAUUAUUUCAAAGAAAACAUUUGAUGUAAGAGAAUAAGAGUAUUAUUCAUUGCAAGGAAUCAUUGGGGUGUUCAAACUGAUUCCGGACGAUCGCAGAGGUCAUGGCUUCACUGGAUGGCGUGGCUUUGAAGAUUUUUGAUGGGAGAAAACUGGUCCCGGAAGACUAGUAGAGAGUGUGUGAAAAUUUGCUGAGAUCGUACAAAACAGGAAUGGUACUACCUAUUAACUUCUACAGGACAAGAAUCAAAGAACCAGUCAUCAUAACAAGAAUAAAAAGUAGUUCAAAUUUAUGAAUUUUUCUUGUUUGUUUUUUUGUGUUAUUUCCUGUUGACUUCACGCAUCUGGUACUUUCUUUGCUUGCUGUCGUACCUGCAAUGUUUUAAUUUUAUCCCAAAUAAUCAGUGCAUGUUCAAUGAGUAGCGAAAUACAUCAUUUUAUACAGUUGAAAAUUGCCUUCUUCCUUUGAAUUUUUUUUAACUAUGGAUCUUCAUCAAAUCUUUCCAGAUUUGAUGAAUCUCAGAAACAAAGCGGUUAGUAUCUAUACCUUGCGCUUAUGAUGCUAUGAUCUUUAAUUUUAUCCCCGCAAAUUCGGCAAAGUGAGGCGAGAUGUUGGACGUGAAUAUCCAUAAGACUAAUAAAGUUGUUUGGCCUUGAAAAGAAAAAAGGCAAAGGCUUGUAUUAAUGCGAAAAAAAGUAAUAACACGGCUCUGCCAUGUCUGCAUGAAACCCGGGAGAGGAACACGUUCGUGUUUCAUGGACCUCGGAAUUCAAAAAUUGUUUACCAAAAUUCUAGGUUGUCUACCACCCCACAUUCAAUAUGAUAAAAGUUAAUGGAUAUGACAAUCGUGGAAAAAUAUCUAGAACUUCGUAGAAAAUCUGUGGAUCGAAAAAAUAAUAGAUACUUGUUCACCUACCUUGAAAACCAACCAAAAUCUCGCCUACAUCGCGUUGUUUAAAAGAAGAAAUAAGCCACAAAAUGUGCUGAAUAGUUUACAAGACACUUCCAGUGUGGCUUCCUAUGCGCUGUCCAAUUAAAAAAAUUGUGUAUGCUUCAUGAAAAGUCUUAAAAAAUAUGCCUGAGAGCCUCGAAACGGUGACUGUGGUCGUUUAGGUGAUCUAUCCGCCAUUUUCCUCGAGAACAAUAGCUCCAUGACGUCACAACUGUCCUUAAAUUUAGGGAUAUUCCGGACUGUAUACAUAAACACUUGGAGAGUUUGCCAGACACGAGUUCACAAAUCUUUGAUUGGAAACCUUGCCGGACACUCUUUCUCUCUCUUUGACCGGAAUAAGAAUCAGCCCCAAACAAGCAAGACGAGUGAAAAACGGCUAGCUUAUCACUAGCAGAACGAUGGACGAUAACAGAAAUUUGCCGACAAUCAAAUUCUGUGCUGACGUAUUCCCUGCUCACAGAUGUCCUUCCGCUAUAAAGUUUCAAAUAAGACUAGAAUGCGCAAGCGUGAAUUGAUCAAACGUCCUUUUAAUUUCUAAGGCUUACUUUCCGGCAAAUAAAAUGAACUGAAUUGUAAACAGUCAAAGAGAAAUAGCGAAAAAUUUAACUUCUAAUUAAAUCUUUUCUUAUGGUUUAGAAUAAACUAUUCUCGAAACUGAGAAUGUUUUGAUCAAAGCUGUGUAAAUCUAUCUAAAACUGUGCAUAGAACCUUCCGUUUCGUGUAUUUAUCCCACCUAUUGUAUUGAAUACGUGUGAAAAUCUUCAUUUUAUGAAUCGGUAUAUUUCAAAGAGCUACACAACGAGCAAGAAUACGGCUAUUGACCAACAAUAUACAGAACGGGGCAGCUGUAGUGUCAACUAUUACUAGUAGUAGUAAUAGAAACUGAUAGAUUUAAAUGAAGCAGGAGCCUGAAUGAAGAUAUGAUCGUCGCCGUUAUGUUGUAACAGCAGUUUUAAAGCAAUUGCAAAUAAACCCUAAAAAAUUUGGGGGCUUUAACGGGAGUCGAACCCAUGGCUUUUGCGUUCGGGCUUAAGAGCUCUACCAACUGAGCUACGAAGACCCAUACAUUAGGAGCAGACCAAUUUGUUGAGUUUAUCUUAACCCGUGAAAGGAAUAGGAUAUCUAAAACGAAUCUAGAACGAUAUGAUUUGCGGAAAUACAAAUUAACAAUUUAUAUGUGUUACUUUUUCUAACAAAUUCUUUUUCUUUCUUUUUUACAAUAUAAUCUAAUUUUAAAUUGGGUGGGGUGACUAUAUAGACUUUGCCCUUCCAAGCACAAAUUGGGGAAAUAAGAGUUAAGUUAAUUCGAGCGACUUCGACGCGUGAACAACAAGGGGGAAAACUAACUCUGCAACUCGCUUGGCUACUGGUAAAGGAACUCGUCACUGUUCCACGGUACUAUAGGGUCUGCUAUAACUGGAAAACAGGACAGCACUCAAACUUGGACCUCAACAGCUAUAAUCUUCAGCUCGUGGACGUAAAUCAUAGAGGCAUGUACAUCCAAAAUGUAAAUCGUACAGGAAUGUAAAUCCUCAAUGCAUGUAAAUCAAAAAACAGAGAUAGUGCUCUAUUUAUACUAACCGAUCAACUCAUUACACAACAUUACAGAACAAAUGGAACGAAGGCUGAAUAAAAUCAGCUGAACACUGAAAAAAAAUCUGGAUAAAUUCAGCUUUAAAGUUUAUAUGUUAAACUAAAUGAUACAAAAGUAAAUGUCAGUCGAGCAAAUGAAUUUAGAAAAUUUACAAAGAAAGCUGUGUAAAAGAAUUCGAGUUUUCUUUUCUCAGGAUUCCUUAAAAUGUCAAAAACAAAAAAACUACGGUUGGUAUUUGAACAGGAGAAAGAUCCAGUUGUUCAGUGACUAAGCUGUAUAAUCAGGGGCGGAUCUAGGGGGAGGGUGCAGGGGGUGCGCACCCCCCCCCCCUGAGAUGACCUGCGGUUUUCUAAUACAACUGGUAUUCCGCAAAAAAAAAAAAAAAUUAUGUGGUUUAUUGGUGUUGAAGUAGAGCAAGAGGCGAGUGAACCCCCUCCUAAAAAAAAUCCUGGAUCCGCCCCUGAUAAUUACCCAGAGACAAAUUAUCCUUUUAAAAGUAAACAUUGAAGUAAAAUGUGUAUAAUUUAAGGGAACAAAUUAAAAACAACUCAAUGUAAAUUCAAUGUAAAUUACGGCUGAAACAACUUUAAGGGGAAUAUUUAAAAGCUAGAUAAUGAAUUCGAGACAAAUAAAGAAUUCAUGGGAAAUCUCUCCUUACAGUGGACUAGCCUGUAUGGUUCCUCGGUUCCCUUCUAGUCCUUCCCCGCCAGGGGCGAAGCCAGCUUUUCGGCUAUUUGUAGGCCUGGCUGACUUUCAUUUCCACAUAUCCUGUACGAAUUGACCUCAUCAACACUUCGAGCUCUUAAGCUUUUUAGCUCACCCCAACAACGCAUAAUUUAUUACAAGCGGUAGUCCAUUUGCUGGCUACGCCCCUGUGUCUGUGUAUUUAUUAUAUUGUAUGCAGUAAAAAUUGAUUAAAGUAAAUUAAAUUUAAUAUGGUCGCGGCUCCAUUAAAUCUUAUACCAACAGAGAAGUCUUGUUACCAUGGUAGCAAAAGUUCUGGAUAUCAACAAACUGUGGCCUACAAAUAUGGCAGUGAAACUGAAAAAAUUGACAAAUGACUUGGCUGCAUUCAGGAACAAAACGGUAGCUCAAUCUUUUCUUCCAUCGUUCAAUAAUAAAAAUGGCUGUCUCCGUCAAGAAAGAUUGUUGAGAUUCGAUCCAGAAAUUUAGCUGCCAUGGUGAAGUGACGUCACACUUCUCCCCGAUUGUGGAGCAUUUUAGGAGAAGCCAAUCACGUUUCUUUUUCUUAUCAGGCAUCGCUGUAAAUUAGACACCUUUGUUGAGCAGACAUGGAAUUGGUUCCUUGUUAUUCCUCAGUCACCCAUAAUGCGACAAGGAACGCCGAUCUUCAGUCAAUUUCUAUAUGAAUCUGUUAUGUGAAGGAAACCCUCCUAAAACGGAAACCUAGAGUUUAUCCCUCCCCGCUCUCCACAAACUUUGUUUAAAGGCACCUUGAGUUGGUGCCUGUCGUUAUUUAGUCAUUAGUUUUUGGGCAAAAAAUACCGUAAUCUCUAUUAGAAGGACUCCUCCAUUGAACAGCCACCCAGAUUUUAUGUUCCACGGGCGUUCUUAGAGUAAUUUUCCUUGACAAAAACCUUGAGCUCUUGCAAGAAGAACACAUCAUAGUGUCGGUGUUAUACUAUAAAAGUAGAGAUCAAUGUACUUGGGUUCCUAGAGGAAAGGAGUUAUUUAGCACUAUUUGGCUAAAUACAGUCAACUAUCUCCCUUUAUAGCGGACACCACGGUCUUCGAGUUAGAGUCCUCACUAGCGAGGGUCCGUAAUACAGUCAACUCUCGCCUUGCAGACACCCCGCUAUAACGGACACCCCGAUAAUACGGACAGCAGCUAAAUUCUGGGCAAAAAUAGAUUACAUAUGUUUGACCGAAAUAAUUUCCCGGUAUUACGAACCUUCGCUAGUGAGGACACCAACUCGAGGUCAAUGCCGGUGUCUGUUAUAAAGGGAGUUGACCGGCUUUAGCGGGAAUUUAUCAAAAAAUGAUCUUUGACUGAAAUAAUUUCCCGUUAUAACGGACUUUCGCUACUGAGGAAACUGAUGAUUUCAUUUUCGCGAAAAUCUAACGCAUUACAAAAUUACUGGACAAGAACGUAUUCCAGUUGAGAUAACCAUUAGUAUUAGGGAAACACAUUGAUGCGCAGGUGUUCUUGGCCCCUUUCUUGCCCUUUAACAAUUCUUGCCUAUUCUUGUUACUCUAGCCAAUUUGUGGCAUUUUGCCAUAUUUCAAAGCUCUCCUUGCCCUUUUCCUUAGCUUUCUAACCCUAGAAUUCUGUUAAAUUUGUUAUUUUUGCUAUUUUUGCCAUAUUUGUUGCUCAAUCUUUUCACCUAGCAGGAAAAAUUCUUGUUACUUUUGCGAUUUUUGCGAAAUUUGCGGACAUCUCGGAGCCCUUCUUGACCUUUUCUCUUUCUAAGUGUAGUAGAAUUUUGUGAACUUUGUUAUUCCUGCUAUUUUUGCCAUAUUUGUUAUUCAAUCUUUUCACAUUUAGCAAGAAAAAUUCUUCUUACUUUUGCGAUUUUUGCGACAUUUGCUAUUUCUUCUAUACUUUUCUGAUAGCAGUUUUUUUAAAAUCUUUUUUUGCUAAAAUUGCGAAAACAAUUUGCUUGCAAAUUUUUGCUAACAAGAUCGAUCCUGGACAUAAGUGUGUCAGUAAGGCGAAAAUUGACUGUACGGUAAAUAAUCAUCAUUCUUAAAUCAUCGAGCUGGCUUUAAGAAAGAAGGCUACAUGUUGGCACCUUCUUGUUCUAAAGUCUUGGUUCUCUCUUCCAGCCCGGGAACGAGGGCUUUGUUUGACAUCAAAUCCAAGGGGCGGUUGUACGCAGGAAGUCAAGCCUCUGCUGCUAUAACCAUUCCAUUUCCUGUCGUUAACUAAAAGCUUUUUUUAUAUUUCAAUAUCAAAAUAAUAUCUUGCAAAUCUAGUCCUUAGGGGCACCCAACGUCAAUUUUCGGAAAAUAUCUGUUCGGAAGACGAUUUGAGAUCUGCAAUUUUCGGAACAUUCUUUGUAAAAUUCUUGCUUGUUUUCCUCUCCCAGGAUUUUCGAACGUCUAAAAAAUGACAUAAUUGCCCAUUUUUGACCGAUUUUUACCCUAAAAAGGUCACCUAGGAUUUUCGGAAGUCUUUUUUCUGGCUAAAACUUUUGAAAAGGUAAGUUUUGAUCCUUAUAAUUUUCGGAUCACUAGACUUGCAGCUAGGAAGUCCGAACAGAUAUAUAUAGAAAUAUGCCUACAUCUACCGUUUAAAUACUAAAAUACGUUUAACAAGCUAUGUUAAGUGGUUUUGAACUAUAUUCUUGUUGGGUACCCCUGAGUCCUCGGGGCUUUAAGACGGAAAAGGCGUCUCUCUCGGCGCUGAGAUCCUUUACCUAAAAUUACUUCUGUAGUUUUAUUGCCUCAAUUAGGACGCAAAUCCUGAAAUCAAUCUACAGAAACGGAAUAAAAAAAAUCAUGAACAAGGAAGGAAGGAAGGUUCUCAUGUUUAACAACGGUCAACAGGGAAUUGACCAAUCGAUCAUGGGAUUCCCGUGGCCACCGUGAAGUCUAUGAAAACUUUCUAUGGAAAAGAAAAAACCAUUAAAACCGAGUAAUAUUUCCUUCCUGAUUAGCAUACAAGAUCCUUUUCCUUUUACCAUGUUUACAGAUUAGUUUAAUGUUUAUUUGAUUCAUUACCCCAAACUGAAUUUUAUCAACGACAAAAUACAAUCCAUGUACCAAUAGACAACUUUCUUCAACUCGUUUCGUUAGUUUUUUCCCUUUUUUCCUCACCGUCAAAUUCAAUUUUAUUAUUUUGAAAGAAGAAAGCUGUAUUCUUUAAUUACUAUUCUGAGUAGGGGUAAUUUGUUGGCAGCAUAUAUCCCCUGAUCUUCAAGUUCAAUAAUUUUUGUCGAACUAAUUAAGGAACCUGCCUCAUAAAUCAUUAAGGUGAGUAUACCCGAGGGGUAAUUGUGACCCAUGUUAAACGCAAAAUAGAACCAAAGGAAGUUAAUUAUAUAAAAGCCUUGACGUGCUGACAUUUGACUGGCCAUGAAGAUAAGUGACUGUAGCAUGAUGAUCCCCUUAUAAGAAGCGACAACAGAAUCGCUUCCACGUACCGCUCAACGUCAGCGAAGAAAGAUGGCAGUGCCAACCCUUGAGAAUACGAUCAGAGAUUUCUACUGUUCAGCAGAUGUCACUGCUAGAGUUCACAACGAGCUAAUCGUCCUUUCAGUGCUAAAUACUUUUCUGUCCAUUACAGCAUUUCUGGGAAACACUCUGAUCCUAGUUGCUCUACAUAAAGAAUCUUCGCUUCAUCCGCCCUCCAAACUCCUGCUACGCAGCCUAGCGAUAACUGAUCUUUUGGUGGGAAUCAUUGUUGAGCCUCUGAAUGUUGCUUACUUGAUGUCGGUGAGGAGUAAAAAAUGGGAUAUUUGCUAUAAUGUUUACGUUGCGCUUUUACUCGCCAGUUAUAUUUUGUGUGCAGUGUCUUUGUUAGUGCUGACUGCAAUAAGCGUGGACAGACUUCUCGCCUUGUGGUUGGGCCUCAGAUACAGACAAGUUGUAACUUUGACACGUGUCUCUAUAACUGUAAUCGUUAUGUGGGUUUUGCCCAUUGUCGCCACAACAAACUACACUUGGAACCCUCAGUUGCUUUCAUUGCUUCUUUACAUACAUUUGUCUCUUUGUUUAUCCAUUAUAAUUUUCUCUUACAUGAAAAUCUUCUUCAUGCUCCGUCAUUACCAAAUUCAAGCUGAGAUCAAUGUGGCUCAAGAACAACCGAGGCAAGCAAUUCCACUGAACAUAGCUCGAUACAGAAAGGCAGUGUACAGUGCUCUGUGGGUGCAGGUUAUAUUAUUUAUUUGUUAUCUGCCAUUUGGCAUAACACAGGCCUUAACGGAUCUGAAAAGCGUUAGGUUUUCUUCAUCAGUUUAUCUUGCUAAGACUUUUUCAUUUACUUUUGUUUUUCUAAACUCAGCAUUAAACCCAUUGCUUUAUUGCUGGAAAAUCAAAGAAGUAAGAGAGGCUGUUAGAGAGGUAAUACCCCUUACAAAAAUAUGGAGGUGAUUUGUACACAAUUUGUAUACAAAAAGUGUACACAUAUCUACUCCAUUGUACCUAAUGUAUAUUUGAUUUAUACAUAGAAAAUACACACAGGAAAUGUGAUUGAUUUUGAUGUAUUCUUUUUGUAUACAGCAGUAAGAGGAUGUGUAAAAAAGUAUAAACAGAUACAAACUAAAAAUAUGUGAUUAAUUUUGAUGUACAGGUUUCAUAGUACAAUCAGAAGAAGCAUACAAAAAAUAUACAACAUUCAAGGAAUGCAUUAACAUAGCUCGAUACAGAAACGCAGCUAGUGUACAGUGCACUGUGGGUGUAGGUUACAUUAUUUAUUUGUUAUCUGCCAUUUGGCAUAACACAGGCCUUAACUGAUCUGAAAAGCGUUAAGGUUUCUUCGUCAUUUUAUCUCGCUAAGACUUUUUCGUUUACUUUUGUUUUUCGUCAUUAAACCCAUUUCUUUUUUUUUGGAAAAUCAAAGAAGUAAGACAGGCUGUUAAAGACGCAAUAAGGCAAAUCUCCUGUUCUUUGACAUAGCUGAUUACUGAGCAUAUGAAUUAUGUAUAUGUUGCAGUUAUUUUUUUUCCUUUGGUAUAGUAUGGCCUGACCGUUGACUGGUGUAGUUUGAGGUUUGGUUUUGUCGGGGAAACCGACAAUUAUAGGUCUGUAGACGAAGAAAAAUAAAUUCGGAGACGUUAAUUGCUGUUUUGAUUUAUUGCUUGCGCAGCUAGUUUACGUGGCGGGCAGAGAUGUGUGAAAAAAAGAUCGUUUUAAUUCUUAGAGUUAAACGCACCUGUAUAUAAGAGAUAAGAGCAUAACAUAUCAUAUCUAUUUAAAAAUAUUUCAAUGUAAAAACUCAUAAAUAUUCACAAAGCAUAUUUUUCAAUUGUAUACACACAGCUGAAUACAUGGAGGAAUACAAUCAAUUGCAACUGAAAACCUACAUACAAACUGCCCCAAUAUAAUAGUUCAUACUUCGCGGAAAUUUGAGGUCGAAUGUCUCACACUGACGAAAAAAUGGCUUUGCACAAAGUUUCUCUUGGCCUCGUUAUUUGAACCCAAUGUUUUUUAAUAUGCGAAGUGACAUUUACCAUCAUUGCCCCAUAUUUACUACUCAGUUUUCAAAUAUUUGCGAUAUAUUUGCAAGGAGCAAAGUUGGGCAAAUCCAUUUUUUUCGUCCAGUGACUGAAACGAAUAGGAUAUGAUUUGCGGAAAUACAAAUUAACAAUUCAUAUGUGUUACUUUUUCUAACAAUUUCUUUUUUUUUUUUUUUUUUUUACAAUACAAGGUAAUUUUAAAUUGGGUGGGGUGACGAUAGGCUUUGCUCUUCCAAGCACAAAUUUGGGGAAAUAAGCUUUAAGAGAAUUCGAGCGACUUCGGCGCGUGAACAACAAGGGGGAAAAGUAACUCUGCAACUCGCUUGGCUACUAGUAAAGGAACUCGUCACUGUUCCACGGUACUAGGGUCUGCUACAACUGGAAAACAGGACAGCACUCAAACUUGGACUACAACAGUUAUAAUCUUCAGCUCGUGGACGUAAAUCAUACAGGUAUGUACAUCCAAAAUGUAAAUCGUACAGGAAUGUAAAUCCUCAAUGUAAAUCAAAAACAGGGAUUAACACUGUGCUCUAUUUAUACUAACCGAUCAACUCAUUAUACAACAUUACAAAACAAAUGGAAAGAAGGCUAAAUGAAAUCAGCUGAACACUGAAAACAAAUCUGGAUAAGUUCAGUUUUAAAGUUCAUAUGUUAAACUAUGGUUCCUCGGUUCCCUUCUAGUCGUUCCCCGCCAGGGGCGUGGCCAGCUUUUCGACUAUUUGUAGGGCUGGCUGACUUUCAUUUUCACAUAUCCUGUACGAACUGACCUCACCAACACUUCGAGCUCUUAAGCUUUUUAGCUGACCCCAACAACGCAUAAUUUAUUACAAGCGGUAGCGGGACCAAACCAAAACAUUUGCAGGCCCGGGCCUACAGGUCCAUUUGCUGGCUACGCCCCUGCCCGCUUCUAACUUGUGUCCGUGUAUUUAUUAUAUUGUAUGCAGUAAAUAUGGAUUAAAAUAAAUUAAAUUUAAUAUGGUCUCAGCUUCAUUAAAUCUUAUACCAAUAGAGAAGUCUUGUUACCAUGGUAGCAAAAGUUCUGGAUCUCAACAAACUGUGGCCUACAAAUAUGGCAGUGAAACUGAAAAAAUUGACAAAUGACUUUCAAGUGCAUGGCUGCAUUCAGGAACAAAACGGUAGCUCAAUCUUUUCUUCCAUCGUUCAACAAUAAAAAUGGCUGUCUCCGUCAAGAAAGAUUGUUGAGAUUCGAUCCAGAAAUUUAGCUGCCAUGGUAAAGUGACGUCACACUUCUCCCCGAUUGUGGAACAUUUUAGGAGAAGCCAAUCACGUUUCUUUUUCUUAUCAGGCAUCGCUGUAAAUUAGACACCUUUGUUGAGCAGACAUGGAAUUGGUUCCUUGUUAUUCCUCAGUCACCCAUAAUGCGACAAGGAACGCCGAUCUUCAGUCAGUUUCUAUAUGAAUCUGCUGUGAAGGAAACCCUCCUAAAACGGAAACCUAGAGUUCAUCCCUCCCCGCUCUCCACAAAUUUUGUUUAAAGGCACCUUGAGUUGGUCCCUGUCGUUAUUUAGUCAUUAGUUUUUGGGCAAAAAAUACCGUAAUCUCUAUUAGAAGGACUCCUCCCUUGAAAAGCCACCCAGAUUUUAUGUUCCGCGGGCGUUCUUAGAGUAACUUGAGCUCUUGCAAGAAGAACACAUCAUAGUGUCGGUGUUAUACUAUAAAAGUAGAGAUCAAUGUACUUGGGUUCCUAGAGGAAAGGAGUUAUUCAGCACUAUUUGGCUAAAUACAGUCAACUAGCUCCCUUUAUAGCGGACACCACGGUCCUCGACUUAGAGUCCUCACUAGCGAGAGUCCGUAGUGCAGUCUACUCUCGCCUUGCGGACACCCCGCUAUAACGAACACCCCGAUAGUACAGACAGCAGCUACAUUCUGAGCAAAAAUAAAUUACAGAUGUUUGACUGAAAUAAUUUCCCGCUAUUACGGACCCUCGCUAGUGAGGACACUAACUCGAAGUCAAUGCCGGCGGUGUCUGCUAUAAAGGGAGUUGACCGGCUUUAUCGGGAAAUUAUGAUGUUUGACUGAAAUAAUUUCUCGUUAUAACGGACUUAACUCGCUAGUGAGGACACUAAAAGAGAACUCGAGGUCCCUACGGUGUCCGCAAUAAAGGCAGUUGACUGUUAUUUGUUUUUGCCCGGGAUUUAGCUGCUGUCCGUAUUAUCGGGGUGUUCGUUAUAGCGGGGUGUCCGCAAGGCGAGAGUUGACUGUACUGUAAAUAAUCUUCAUUCUUAAAUCAUCGAGCCUGGCUUUCAGAAAGAAGUCUACAUGUUAAAUAUUUUUCCUAGACCAAAGUUUCGAAAACACUAUCCUAGCUUGGCACCUUCUUGUUCUAAAGUCUUGGUUAUCUCUUCCAGCCGGGAACGAGGGCUUUAUUUGACAUCAAAUCCAAGGGUCGGUGGUAUGCAGGAGUUCAAGCCUCUGCUGCUAUAACCUUUCCAUUUUCUGUCGUUAACUAAAAGCUUUCUUCAUAUUUCAAUAUCAAAAUAAAAACUUGCAAAUCUAGUCCUAGGGGCUUUAAGACGGAAAAGGCGUCUCUCUCGGCGCUGAGAUAUUUUACCCAAAAUUACCCCUGUAGUUUUUUGCCUGAAUUAGGACGCAAAUCCUGGCUGAUCAAUCUGCAGAAACGGAAUAAAAAAAUUAUCAACAAGGAAGGAAGGAAGGUUCUCAUGUUUAACAACCGUCAGCAAGGAAUUGACCAAUUGAUCAUGGGAUUGCCGUGGCCGCCGUGAAGUCUAUGAAAACUUUACAUAGAAAAGAAAAAACUAUUAAAACCGUGUAAAUAUUUCCUUCCUGAUUAGCAUAGAAGGUCAUUUUCCAUUUACAGAUUAGUUUCAUGUUUAUUUGAUUCAUUACCCCAAACUGAACAUUAUCAACGACAAAAUACAAUCCAUGUACCGAUACACAACGUUCUUCAACUCGUUUCGUUAUUUUUUUUCCCUUUUUUACUCACCGUCAAAUUCAAUUUUAUUAUUUUGGAAGAAGAAAGCUGCGCUGUAAUCAUUAAAAUGAUUACAGCGCAAUUAAAAUUACAAUAUUCUGAGUUGGGGUAAUUUGUUGGCAGCCAAUAUCCCCCGAUCUUCAAGUUCAAUAAUAUUUUGUCGAAGUAAUUAAGGAACCUGACUCAUAAGUCACUGAAGUGAGUAUACCAGAGGGGUAAUUGUGACCCAUUUAAAGGUAAAAUAAAACCAAAGGAAGUUAAUUAUAUAAAAGCCUUGACAUGCUGACAUUUGAUCAUGACUGACCAUGAAGAUAAGUGACAGUAGCAUGACGAUCCCCUUAUAAUUAAGGAGCGACAACAGAAUCACUUGCACGUACCGUUCAACGUCAGUAAAGAAAGAUGGCAGUGCCUGCAACCCUUGAGAAUUCGAUCAGCGAAUUGUACUGUUCAGCAAGUGUCACUGCCAGAGUUCACGACGAGCUAAUCGUCCUUUUAGUGCUAAAUACUUUUCUGUCCAUUACGGCGUUUCUGGGGAACACUCUGAUCCUAGUUGCUCUAUAUAAAGAAUCUUCACUUCAUCCGCCCUCCAAACUCCUGCUACGCAGCCUAGCGAUAACUGAUCUCUUGGUGGGAAUCAUUGUCGAGCCUCUGUAUGUUGCUUACUUGAUGUCGGUGAAGAGUAAAAGAUGGUAUAUUUGCUAUAAUGUUUACGUUGCACUUUUUAUCGCCAGUUAUAUUUUGUGUGCGGUGUCUUUGUUAGUAUUGACUGCAAUAAGCGUGGACAGACUUCUCGCCUUGUGGUUGGGCCUCAGAUACAGACAAGUUGUAACUUUGAGAAGAGUCUAUAUAACUGUAAUCGUUAUGUGGGUUUUGUCCAUUGUCGCUACAAGUACAAGCUACAUUUGGAAUCCUCAGUUGCUUUCAUUGUUUCUUUACAUACAUUUGUCUUUUUGUUUAUCCAUCAUAACUUUCUCUUACAUGAAAAUCUUCUUCACGCUCCGUCAUUACCAAAUUCAAGUCACUGUGGCUCAAGAACAACCGAGGCAAGCAAUUCCACUGAACAUAGCUCGAUACAGAAAGGCAGUGUACAGUGCACUGUGGGUGCAGGUUACAUUAUUUAUUUGUUAUCUGCCAUUUGGCAUAACACAGUCCUUAACUGAUCUGAAAAGCGUUAAGGUUUCUUCAUCAUUUUAUCUUGCUAAGACUUUUUCAUUUACUUUUGUUUUUCUAAACUCGUCAUUAAACCCAUUUCUUUAUUGCUGGAAAAUCAAAGAAGUAAGACAGGCUGUUAAAGACGUAAUAAGACAAAUCUACUGUUUUUUGACAUAG